AUGGACUCUUACCCAUCUGAACUCUCCCAUGUUGCUAGACACAAUAUCAAUGAUGAAGAAUGGACUCCUGCUUCAAUCAUUGUGAAUGUAGCAACCUCACUAACUGAUGAUACACCAAAGGAGAUAAACAUUAUGGAUACUCUGGGGUUCGAUAAUUAUCGAAUGGAGAAAUCGACGGUGUAUUGGCUACCUUCGAUGUAUGAAUCUUGUGAUUCGGCGCAUAUUAAAGAAGUUUUGAUGCCAUACUUUGUACUUCCUUGCAAGACUGCUGGAUUCCGUAUCAAAAACAAGGGAUUCGAUAAGAGGCGGAAUCACAUUACCAUAUGUUGUCCAAGGAGUCGUUUUUACAAACAAAGGUCCGAAAAGGAGAGCAACAAAACCACCCAGACUCAGCUUCCUGUUGAGGGGGAGGGUGUCAAAUGUCCAUUCUCUUUCAAUGUUCUAUAUAGCCAGGAACACAGACGAUGGUAUCUACCCAAGUUCCAGACAGGCAACAAGCUUCAUCGUGGCCAUGUACAACUGGAAGAGGCACAAGUGAAAGUGUUAAGUACUCAUCUUGGCACAGAAGAGAGCCAGAUGUCAGAGUUACAACAGAGCGAAGAUUUUCCACUUACGGAUGACUACGUUGACAGUGAUGUGGAAAUUGAAAUGUCUAUAAAAGCACGUGGUGCUUACAAGGCUUUACUACCCAAAUAUUCAGACGUGGCAAAAGCAGUCACUUCUGUGGAUGAAUAUAGAAUAUUGAGAGAAGGAUUGGACAAGAUACACACUGAGAUUUUGAAACUGCACAAUAACGGAAGGCAAGAGCAUAGCGGAGCAAUGUUGAGCUUACCUGACAAAUCAAGAAAGAGUGUCAGGGAAAGGCCAUCGACCAGUCCCGCCAAGAAAUCAAAAAGAUAA